UUUGCAAAAUCAAACACAACACAAAAUAAAAUCACUUUUCUACAUUUUGCGUUCAUUGUGUGUUGUGUUUUGGCACUGUUACAAUGAUAUAUUAGUGCUAGUGAGAACAAAAAUAUAGAUGGAAACUUGAAGGAAGUGAUUAUGAGCACAAAAUCAGAAUGUAGCGCUUAGUCAAGUUCCCUAACCGAGUUUUCCAAAAUUAUAGUAUCGAUCUUUUUUGUCCUCAAGUACAAGUGUAUAUAAAUAAAAACUGAAAAUGUCUGUGGUUAAAGGAAAAUUAGUGAAAAUGGAAGUUAUUCAAGUUGGUGAAUAUGAAUUCACCAAACAAGAUAUAAUUGGGCACGGAGCCUUUGCCAUGGUGUACAAAGGAAGGAAGAGAAGGAACCCGUCGCAGUCGGUGGCGGUCAAAGUGGUGACGAAGAAAGGCAUACAAAAGGCGUCGGAGAUCCUCGUGAAGGAGAUCAAGAUCCUACGCGAACUGACGGCGCUGCACCACACCAACCUCGUCGCCAUGCACGACUGCAUGGACAGCCCCGCAUAUGUCUACGUUGUUAUGGAGUACUGCAACGGCGGCGAUCUGGCGGACUACCUGCAGGCCAACCGGCUACUGAGCGAGGGCACGAUACGAUUAUUCCUGAGGCAGCUGGCGGAGGCGAUGCGAGCUAUACACGCCAAGGGCAUCGUGCACCGCGACCUCAAGCCCCAGAACAUACUGCUCACACACAACGUGGCGCCGCCUCGCACGCCCCAUCCUGCUGAAAUUACACUCAAAAUAGCUGACUUCGGCUUUGCGAGAUUUCUCGAGGAAGGCAACAUGGCCGUCACACUCUGCGGCUCACCGAUGUAUAUGGCUCCCGAGGUGAUAAUGUCAUUGAAAUACGACGCAAAAGCAGAUCUAUGGAGUUUAGGCACGAUCGUGUACCAGUGCCUGACGGGCAAGGCCCCCUUCCAAGCUACCACGCCGCACGAGCUUAAAGCAUUCUAUGAAAACAGUGUCGAUCUACAGCCAAAAAUGCCAGCGGGCACGAGUCCAGAGCUAUGUAAUCUACUGAUCGGUCUGCUGAGGCGAAGCCCACGCGAGCGCAUGCCCUUCGAGAUGUUCUUCAACCACCCGUUCCUGCAGCGGCCGCGCACCGCGUCCACCACCAGUUUGGACACGGAUCUUCCUGAUAUAUUGGAGUGCGUUAUGGAGUGCCAAGUCGAUACUAACUGUUACCUAGAGGAGUCCUGGGACAGUCAGGGAGCAGGAGCAGGAGCGGGCGCGGCGUGUGCGAGCGGGGGCGGGGGCGUGGCCGCUCGCUCGCCGCUGCCCGCGCCGCAGCCGGUCACACACACCAUCACCAAGCCACCCGUCUCCUCAGCCGAGUCAUCAGACACGACUUGGGCAGGAGAAGACGACUUCGUAGUGGUGGAGCACUCCCCGCCAGACCAGCCAGCACCGCUACGCAACCCUAUGACGGUAGCGUCGAAGGUGCCGCGCUCGCAGCCCAUCGACGUGUUGCGAUCGAACAAUAACCGAAAUACGACCAACAUCGGCUCACUCUCACCGCCAUCCGUGCCGUUCACGAUGGGCACUCCGCCGUCGACGCGGCGGCGCAGCGCGUCCGGCAGCUCGCCGCCGCCCUCGCUGUGGCAGGUCUCGCCCACCAACGCCAGCCCGCUGCGCAGAUCCGGCUCGUCCCCGCCGGUGUCGCUGGCGCUGAAGGCGAGCGGCGAGGCGGCGUCGCCGAAGCGCGGCGCGCUGCCCGAGGCGCUGCUGCGCGGCCUCAAGCUGCACCAGGACCCGCCCGUCUACAUACCCAACCUGCAGGAGGACACCAUACUCGCCGAGGAGCACAGCAAGGUGUUCUCGCAGCUGAACUUCGUGCUGAUGCUAGCGGAGCUGCUGUCAGACCUCGCCGUCUCCUGCGGCGCGCCCAUCGCCGCACUCAUGGACACAUCCGAUGAGCGUUGCGGGUCGAGCUGUGUGGAUGCAGUGGUGUCGCUGAUGAACGGCAAGUACAAGUGGAUAGUGAACGAGUCGCGGCGGCUGCACGAGGCGGGCGUCACGCCGGCCAUCUGCGACAAGAUCCUGUACGAGCACGCCAUUGAACUUUGCCAGAUGGCGGCUAUCGAGGAGCUGUUCGGCGACAUGAAGGAGUGCGAGCGGCGCUACAUGUCCGCGCAGGUGCUGCUGCACUCGCUGGUGCAGCGACACCCGCUGCACCCGCAGCACCGCACCACGCUCUCCAAGUACCGAGACGCAGUACAAAGGCGACUCAAUUGCCUGAAGGGGCCGCGCAAAAUAAUGGAUGUGAAACUGGAGGCGGGCGUGUCAUAAUGCGCGCGACGCGCUGCACAUCUCAGCACACCAACGCAACAUGUGAAGUGAUUUUAUUUUGUGGUCAAACUGACUUUCAGUGAUAUUAACUGUGGAAAACUUGAAAUGUGUAAAAAGUGAAAUGUGAAAAACUAAAUCAAUUCAUAGAACUUACAGUUGUUUAGCAAACCAGAGAUUGCAAUAGUGUGUUAUAUUUUUUUAUUGUCCAGAGUGGGUCGCGGCGUCGGCCGGCGCACCAACUUAGAGAAUUAUAGAACCGUCUAAAAUAUUUUAUCGCAGAAUUCUAGCGUCGCUUUAAGAUAAAAGUUUAGAUAAGUAGUUGACAUUGUACCCUGUUUGAAAUUUACAUAUUAACCCCCCUUUUAUUUCUUAUCAUAGUACAACUUUUACAAUAAAACACACUCUUAGUUUUUUAUUAAACUUAUUUUGUGUAAAAUUACUAGAUUUGCAUAAAGAGAAAAUGUUAAAAAAAAUGAAUAGCCAUCGUAGUAUUGUUUCCUGAUGUGUCUUCACAAAUGUAUUAACAUUUAAUUAAUACCAAUGUAGUGAAUAAUGUACGAAAAAUUAUAAAGUAAUAUUUAAAAAUGGACAUAAUGUUUUAGAGAUCUCAUUAUCGACCAAUAACAAUAUGGCAUUUCUAGAUUAAGUUAUCAAAUACGUUUUUGUGUGUCUUUGCCACAACACUGAGUAUAAAAUUAACUUUUAUAAUUGCUAGAUAUGUUUUCUUUGUUUGUUUCUGAUUGUGACUACAUUUUAGUUUCUUCCUCAAAGAUAUUAUAUAAUUUAACUUACUGAAAUAAGAAUAAAGACUGUUGUAUUAUAAAAAUAAA